AUGGCCGCCAACGGUAUCUCGCUGGCCGGCCAGCAGCAGCACCCUCAGGAGCAGCCAGCCGCAAGACCAGCACCAGCACCAGCAGCCCCACACCAGCACCAGCAACAACCCCAGCACCCUUCCCUCCCGACCUUGCGGCCGCCCGCUGCGCCCUCGCCAGCAGCGGUACGACCGCCCGCCCCUGCGCCGCUGCCGCCCGCGCCGCGCCCGCUGCCGCCCCCGUGGCGCCCGCCGGCCCCCGCGGCAGCACCUGCGCCACGACCGCCUGCGCCGCGCCCGCUCGCCCCCGCAGCAGCGCCUCCACCAGCGCCGCCGCGUUCGCCUGUCGCUCCGCCCCGUGUGGUGGCCCCUUCGCUGCACGGCGUGAAGGCUCGCGGCAUGGCAUACGACAGGACCUCUACGGUGACCGUGCUGUGGGGGUUCCUGCCCUCUACCAGCAGCGCGGGCGCGUACGAGGUUGACCCGUAUUUCGACAUGCGCCCUCAUGCCGCGCAGCAGGCUCUGAUAGAUUUCUGCGAGCGCGUGGAGCAGGAGGUAGGCCUGAAGGUGUUCAAGACGACGUGCUGGCCGCGAGAUUUUGCCCAGUGGCUUCGGGGGCGAAACAGCGGCUUUCCAUCCACGAACUUGAAGUCCGACAUACACCACUUCUCGAUCCAUGAGCCAGCCUUGAUGAAAGGAAGGUACGGGCUCGACGCAGAGGUUGGCGUCACCUGGCUCUCCAUGGAUUUCCGGGCGGAGUUCGACACGCACAGCUCGGGACGCACGACGGAGCCCUACAUGGCAGCCUGGGAGGAGUUCGUGGACAGGGAGGCCGAGCGGCUCUCGACGGACCGCGGCGCACACAGCCUGGGCACCCCGGCGGCGUCCUCCGAGCUUUUCAUGCGCGCGGAGGCGGAGCUGCGCGUGGUGGGCUCCGCGCUGGCGUCCUGGCUCUGCAGCGUGGCGUGUGCGCUUGUGGCCGUCGCGGUGUUCACCCGGGACGCGAAGCUCUCGGUGAUCGCGACGUUUGCCAUCUUCUCCACGGCCGCCUGCAGCCUGUUUGCCAUCACCUCGAUCUUCCAGUGGGAGUUCGGCCUGAUGGAAGCCGUGUCGCUCAUCAUAUUCUGCGGCUUCUCGGUCGAUUACCCCCUGCACGUGGUGCAGGCCUACGUGCAGGAGAGGCAGCAGGGCUCGGGCGUACGGAAGGCCCUGCGGGAGGUCGGCUUCGCGGUCGGCUCUGGCUGCUUGACGACCUGUGGGGCCGCCGCCUUCCUCCUCCUGUGCCAGAUACGCAUCUUCACGCGCUUCGGGCAGGUGUUGAUUGUCAAUAUGUUGUUUUCCAUAGUCUUCGCGGUUGCCUGGAUCCCCGCCUGCCUCGAGCUGCGCGAGAUGUGGGCGAAGACGCCGCCCCUCCCUGGCUCCCAGGCGGCUGAAUCCCACGCCGCAGACGCUGGCACCGGCGGCUCCCCCCCAGAGGGCUUCGUGGAGCUGCCGGGCAGUGCCCUUCGGGCGUAG